AUGCCUGAGGACUUCACACAUGCACUUCGUAGUGUCGAUUCGGAAUUUUCUGGAUCUGACUCAUGUUCAGACCGCUCCGACUCUGAGGAUGACACUUCUGAUCUCGAGGAGCUUCAAGAAUGGCGUCGAAUCAUGCACGAACCACCUCCAGACGCUAUGACAGGCACUUGGCGCUACUCAGUUGGCAACCACAAGAGAGCUGUGGAGAAUAACCCGAACACGAUGUUGGACAAUAACAUCACUGCCCAAGCAAAAAAGUAUUGUUUCUUCUACCAUUUCUGGGUCCCAAAGGAUGUUUUCCUGCUCAUGAUUCCACUGCCUGGAUAUGAUCUGAACGACCCCGCUCGUUGGAGUAUGCCUGAAUCAAGAAUUAUUGGCCUUAAGGUGGAACUCUAUUCCAUGCUACCUAGUGACCUCAAGGCCCAUGCAACAACUUAUAGCAACUUUGGCCAUGUGUUUUCAAAUGUGGUUGGGGCUGAAAGACCCAACAUCCUCAAGCCCGUCAAGGAUAACAUGCAGGAACUCUUUGCGCACUUGGGCCUUAGUGCCGAUUUAUUCACAGCUGAGAAUUCAAGGAUUCUACGAGGGUCAAAUGAGGAUGUGAAAGCAUUGCUGAAGAUGCACCCAGGGAGUGUUGGUACUUGCUACACCCCUCUCUCCCCGAUCCUCUUCCCCAAACCAGAUGCUCCAGUGGCUAGGGACUUAUUCAAAUCCAAACUCCUAGUCAAUAUCAUCCGUGUCAUGGUGUUUGGCAAGGGCAUCCUCACAGGCAAGCAAAGAGGUGGUCCACAGGGAUGA